AUGAGUUCUACGCAGUUCCGCCAGUCGGGACUGGUCGAUCUCCAAUCGUCUUCAGCCGCGAACCAGCAGCAACAGCAACAACAACAGCAACAGCAGCACGAAUCUGACCAGAGUGUUAAUUUGACUGAUACCAGCGGACUUUCGUUUGACAACUCCAAGUUGCCUCGUGCAACGCUGGAGCAGAAGAUUCGCGUCCUGGACUACCACAACUCGUCCGAGAAGAAGUGCCAGCAACAUACUGUCAACUUCUUUCGCCAGCUGGGCGAAUUUUCCAUCACAAAGUCCACGAUGAACAGGUGGGUUCUGGGCGAGAAGAGACUCAGACAGGAUUAUAAGAAUCUCACUCUGAACAACAACAAGCUAUACAAGACGCGGCCCAAGUUUCGCGACCCCGAGAUCAACAGGUGUUUGGAAAUAUACUACGAACAAUUGGCAAACGAAUCUUCCACGGCAACCGAACGCGAGCUUCUGACCAAGUGGUCGGAUUUCUAUAAGCUAUACCACGAUCUGCCGCAGCUGGAUCCGCUUCCUCCAAAGUCAAACGGAUGGUUGCACCACUUCAAGAAGCGCAAUUCUCUGAAAAAAGAGCUUAUGUCCACGUUUUUGUCACAGCAGGCCAUCUCUAACGUGGGAACCAUAAACGAUGAGUUUAAGAAAUUGUCGCACACACUUUCGCGGUACCAGCCCCACCAGAUCUUUGCCAUUGACGAGUUUGCGUUCCAUACCAAACCCUCUGCCUUCAAGCCCAACAUUGCCAAACAAUCUCACGAGCUCAGCUUGACAGACCCCUCUGAGCGUGUAAUUGCUGGGAUUUGCUGCAACACGGAUGGGUCAGUCGUUUUUGACCCGAUGAUCGUUACCGAUGCUCAAAGCUCGCGCCAUUCGGGCAUACCAACCAUAUUCCACUCCAAAACGGGACUACUUUCUAGCGAGAUUUUUGCCCAGUAUGUUGCCUAUAUUGAUGAUCAUAUUGCGAAGACCCUGGGGCAACGUGCUGUACUACUGCUUGACGAUCUCCCAGCGCACAUCUUCCCCACGGACCGACUUCGAUGCAUCGAUCUGUGCUACUAUACCUCUGGGCUCAAUAAGGAGUUAUACCGGCCCCUUGACUUUGGGAUUGGCCGCAUUUUCAAGACAGACGUGAAACACUCCUUCCUCCAAAAUGCGCUAAAGCGCACGCUUGUGGGUCUCGACGACGACUCUGCCGCAGAUUUGUUCACUUUGAGCAAGGACGAAAUCAUCGCCACUAUCUCCCACACUUGGUCUUCGCUGAAGUUCAACGAUCUGGUGAUAUCUGCCUCUUUCCGCAACAGUGGCAUUUUUGGACCCCAGGGGAACGUGAACGGUGGGGGCCAGGCUGGAUAUGCGUUGCGCGACACUACGAAAGAAUCCCAUAUUCUGAACAUCUUCAACUUUUUCUUGGAGAAGGGCUGGCUCAACGACUCGAUCUUAAAUCCGUCGCGGUCGGGGGUAAUUCUGGACGAUUACCUCUUCCCUGAAGAGGAGGACGUGAGGUAUGAGCAUCUCACUGACCUCGACAUAGUGCGUCUCGUGAAACGUGAGGUCCUUGACGAUGAGAGACUGGAUGUCGCUGCUGAUGACGGUGAAUACGAUAAUGGCAUUGACGUCUCUGGAAGGAGAUCCACGCCAUCAACCCAAGAUGCAGCCAUGGCGCUCAGUAUUGCUGCCAGUGCGGUUCAGAAUCCUAACGAUACCGACGAGACCCUUGGUGGCCUUGCAACAACGCAGCUGGUCGAUUCGCUAAGCGGAAUCCUUCCCUCACAUAAAUCAGUCGACCAAGACCCGGCAUUAGAUCCCGAGGACUCGAAGGAGAUCGGAAGGUUGAUCUUGAACCGGCUGAAGCCGUUUUUCUCAAACCCAAAUGUGGCCAAACGCUACUCCAAGAGUGCAGAGAAGUUUGUGACAUUUGCCAGUACAUAUCUGCAGGAGACCAACGACAUUUUCCUGAAAGAUUACCGCAACGGCAAGGAUUUGGGCCAUGAGAAGAUCAAUGGGAUGGAGUCUAUGAACAAACGCAGGCGAGUUCAGUACGACUCUCUACCUCAUGGCCAGAUGAUGAUGAGCGGUGAUAAUGAUAAUAUCGAUAAUCAGUUGAUUGAUGGGAGGUGA